AUGAUUCUCGCCAAGUCUAGACCAUCCAUCUUUAUACCCGCCCUCAUGAUCUUCUGGGGUACUAUCUGCGCCAUGAUCGCAACCGUACAUACUUGGAAGCAGCUUGUCAGUCUUAGAUUCCUCCUUGGAAUUGCUGAAGCAGGGUUUAGUCCUGCAAUAGUGUUCAUCAUCUCGAGUUGGUACAGAAGGCAUGAGCAAUCGAAACGAUUUGUGGUCUUCCUCAGCGCUGGUAUCAUGUCUGGCGCUUUUGGAAGUGUCCUUGCCGGCGCCAUCACCAGAGGUCUGGACGGUCAGCUGGGUAUGGCAGCCUGGAGGUGGCUAUUCAUCAUCGAGGGUGUCAUUACUGUUGCUGCCGCUUUCGUUGUUCCGUUCACACUACUGGACUAUCCUCUGACCUCGAAGCGACUGAAGGCUGAAGAGCGUCAGUUGGCUUAUGCCCGUCUUCGUGCCGACGGUAUCACCAGUCGUAAUGAUGGGCUCGAGCACCGUCUGGGCCAUGUGGCAGCUUUUAGAGCUGCUACCAUCAACUGGAGACUCAUCCCGUUGACGCUAGGCUACAUGGUCAUUAUCGGAUCCAUCUCCCUGGCUUAUUUCUACCCUAUUUUUACCGCGCGAUUAGGUUACAACAAGACAAAUGCCCAAUACAUGACCGCACCAUUCUACGGCGUUGCUCUUGUGAUUGCUGUUACGCUUUGCAUCAUUGCUGACAAGCUGCCCUCCUACCGCGCCAUGUUCACCUCGGCUGUCUUGCUCCUUUUUGGGUGUCUCUUUUCAGCUCUUUCUGCCGGCAUCACCUCCCCUACCCCUCGAUACGUCUUCCUGUGCUUUAUCAACACUGCAUCCUGGUCAGCAAAUGCUCUGUCUCUGUCUUACACUAGCACAGUUCUUGGACCGGUUGAGCCAGAAGUCCGCGCGAUUUGUGUUGCUAUUAUCAAUGGCAUGGGCAACCUAGCUCAACUCUACGGGACCUACAUCUUCACAUCUUCGGAAGCCCCAACAUACGUCAUGGGCUUCACGGUAUAUUCUGCACUCUUUGCGAUUGGUGCUGCUAUCUACCUUUGCUCAUACUUUAUCUUCCGCAAAUACCCAUACAAGCCUAUCAACACAAUCUGA